CUGAAAUGGUUAGCCGAGACCGUAACGUUUGAGGCUGAACCAUUUGUUCGAGGAAGAGCCGUUAAUUUGGAAGAUGGCUUCCUCAGGCAGAUGGAAGAUCUGCAAGAUGCCUGCCUGAGGGCAGCCAAAGUUUGUGACGUGGAGGACAUUAAUCCGGAACUGGCCGCCUGGGACCUACCGACCAGUGCAGAAGGACUACGCAACAUGGUGUUGCACCAAGAUGAAAACGUGUUAAGGGACCUUCACCUGGAGAUUACGGCCCUCAAGGAUCAGCUAGCCGAGAAGAAGCGGGUAGAAGAUUGGAAAAAAAGAGGGGACGUAGUAAAGAGUCUCCUAGGAUGA